AGGAAACCCCGCCGCCUAUCAUCGCCACCGCAAUCCGCUUCCGCUCCGGCGGAAUUCGGCGUCGUCCGUGGCGGAUUCGCCUCCAUCCCCAAGUCCAAAUAGAUAUAUCCAGCUCCUCUCCUACCCACACUCCCGUAUGCAACCCACGGAGAUCGGCGCCGUCUCUCCGUCCGUUUAAACUCUAAGUUGAGCCGAGACGGCUUGGGGGGAUGGCGGCGCCCGGCGGCCGAGGGGGUGCGGCGGAGGAGGAGGAGGAGGGCUGCGAUCUGUUCCAAUGCUUCUGCAAAUGGCGCAAGCGCUGCAGCCCUCGCAUCCCGCGGGUCUCUCCGGGGAGGGAUUACGUCUGCAUAUCCUCCGAUGCCUCCGGCGACAGCACUCCCAAGUGGUCUGUCCUCGUCGGCUGCACCUCCAUCUAUGAGCCUUUCCAUAACCUGCGGACACAUCGCUUCCGGGUUUCCGAUUCCGGCCGAGUCAUGGGCUGCAGCGACGACAUGCUCGAGCGCUUCCGCGGCGUGUCCCCGCACGACGACGAGCACACUGUUUUCUCCUCCGCCACAGCUGCCAUGGCGCCCAACAGCCGCAACAUGUGCAUCAUCUGUGCACACUCUCCCUCGUUCGACCAGAGAAGCACUGACACUAGCGGUGGUGGUGGUGGUGGAGGACAGGACAUUGGGCUGCUUCCUAAGGUGUUUUUCAUGGAUUGUGUUGACAAGAGUUUGACGGUCUUGCCACCUAUACCAUUCCCACAUGGCUCCUAUCAGUCUGUGUCAGCUCAUGGUGAACUCUGGACUCUUGCUACUGUGGAAGACCCAGGACCCUCUGGCGUCAAAAGGCGACUUUUGGUGUAUCGAUUGGAUGGAACUAGUAACUCUUGGGCUAAGAUCAGUGACAUUGACUUCCCUUACCGCCGCCCUUCGGUCAACAUCUUCUGUGGCGGACCUCUCCUUCAAGGUUAUGCUGUCAUCAGCGACAGGUUCAUCUUGAUGUCCUUUAUCGAUCUCAGCUUCUUCUGCUUUGAUUGUGUUUCGAGUUCGUUGACGCGAGUCACCACUGAAGAUGAAACUUUCCAGUAUGUUCCUAUCAGAGGUAGAGCGGCGCAUGUUGCUCACAAUGACAACGGCAUCUAUUUUAUCGAGCGUGGCACAUUGUUCAGAUAUAACUACUCACCAGAGAGCAACAAGCCACUGAAGCCUCCUGAGGUGAUCGACGCUAUCUGUCCCUACCGGAAGGAAGGGUAUGGAUUCGUCAUUCACCUCAGGAAUGACAUACUCUGUGCCGUUUGGAUGAACAUGAACAUACCUUGCAAGUGUGCCACACGGCAUGUCCUAAUCACAACUUUCCGAAUUGAAUGUCAGCUCGAUAAGGAUGAUUUUGAACCUAAAGUCCUCGAGGUCCUACACUCCACCUGCCGUAGAAUUGGUAUGCUUCGAAGCAAAGCACCCGGGCAUGAGUCCUAUGACAGAUUGUGUUUCAUACAGGAAUAUCUGGACGAUUCAUCUGAGAUUGAUCCUUCGAUAGCUUUGAUGAUGGGAGCAAGGUCCAGCUACUCCGAAGCUGAUGAAGUUGACCCAAAGAUGCUGCUUUGUUGUAGGGAGUUUUUGAGCAUAAGAGAACUUAGUUCAUGUGUAGUUCUUGAAGAAUGUAGGGUAAUGGUCAAAUCAGAAUUCUAUUUCAUUUGUCAGUCGGGUCAACACACAUAUUUAUAUAAGAUCUCUACUGCAAGAGGAAAGUUGACAUGCCAUGAAACCAUUCUAGAAGCAGAACACUCUUUAGAGACAAUUAGGAAUGGGGAUGUCGGAAUAGAUGAUCCGCCUGCAUGGCAUUUUGUGAACUAUGGAGUGAAGCUUUAUGUGAUCCCCUCUGUUCCACAGUACAAUCACUAUUAUGAGGUGGAUGUCUACAGAAACUCCUCUCUCAUCUUGGAAAGCAAACGGCCUAGUAUUUGUUUCUCUGCAGUUUGUCGAGUUGGGCAACGGAUUGUGGCAUUGGGUGAUACUUUGGAGGCCGUGUAUAUUCUUGAUCUCCAAAAUGUGGAGUGGGUCUUUUGCAAGACAUCGUCGACGUUUUUAGACUUAAGAAAGGAAAUCAAGAUUUCUGGAUUUGUAGACCUUGGUAAUGAUUCAAUGAUGAUUUCAGAAGUUGAUGCAUGUGAGUGUUUUAUUCUAGAUCUUAAGAAGAAGCAAUGGUUUGUUGUAGAGCCGCCUAAUGGUGACAUCUGGCAGUACUGUGUUGGUCUGUUGAGCGGAACAUGUAUGUUCAUUGAGGGCUUUAUAUAUACCUGCUCAGAUGGGGAAAUGGUUGCAUAUGAGUUGAUCGAGAAAGAUGGUUUAUACCAUUGGGAUGCACCUGUCAUAAUGAGGUUACCAUGGAAGAAGUUCUCUAACAGGAAAUUUAUGGCGUUCUGUCCAAUUUGUAAAGAUGUCAUACAUGAUGACAUUGCAUUCAGUAUUGUGGAGGCGCGUCCGUUUGGUUCAAGUCAUACAGUAGCUACUACAAUAGUACAAGUGAAGCUUCAGGAAACGACACGAGGAUCCAAAAGACCAGUUGGAAUUGCUCAUGCAGAUAUUUCAACGUCAUCGAUUGAACAAAAUGGAUGGAUCUUAUCCAACUACGCAUUUACUUUAUAAGCAACUUUAGAAGUCUCUCCUGCUGGGACUCUCCUGCUCGAGCAUGGAGACGGGAUGCUGCUGACGACGACGGUGGACAUGUCUGGGGUGACGGUACACGUGAGCCCAUCCAGCUUGAGACGACGAGGAAGGGGACUGAUGAGUGGUGUCACGGCGCCGGCUAGAGGGUCGAUGAAGCAGGCCUCGUGGGAGGCGCCGACGGCGAGGAGGCGGCCGCUGGCGCCGAUCACCAUGGUCUGCGCGGGGCCGGCGGCGAGGCUCGGCGGCCAGGGGCAGUCGCGGGUGGUGCCGGAGAAGACGAAGCGACUGUGAAGGAGCGGGUCGUGGCGGUGGUGCGGGGCCAGAAGCCAUGGCAGGAACGCGUUCGGCUUCGUCGCCGCUGGUGACGAAGCCCCUGUCUCCCGCCAUGUGCGGCACACGCCCAGGAACCGCACGAAAUCGACCACGUCGUCGAGCUGCGCUGCGAUCAUGCCGAGCAAGUCGUCCGGCACGCUGAUGGACCACAUCCCCGUCGCCGCGGAGGCGUCGUCGUCGUCGUCGUCGCCGCCGCGGCCUGCAAUUGCAACGGUUGAAUUCUCGCACGCGCGCGGGAUGAAUGGAUGAAUCGAUCGAUCGAAUCGAAACACGAAAACGCAGGGGAUCGAAGGCAGGCGAUCGAUCGAUCGAACAUACCUGACACGCUCCCCGUCGAUCUCCGCGCCUUCUUCGCAAUCUCCAUGUCAACCGCCCCGGCAACGGGAGCGAUCCCGAGCUAAGCGUCCGCAACGCACGAUCGGGAAGAACGCAAAUGCCGCCUGCGCCGAGCAGCUGGCCUAGCCUGGCUGUGCACGCGGCUGUCGCCGUCGCCGCCGCCGCCGCCGCUACUCCACGACGACGAGCAAGCAGAUGAGAUUUUGUGGGGGGAGUCUCUCGCUUCCGGUUUGAGGCGGCGAUUGGGAUUUGGGAGGGAGACGCGGGUAUUUGAACGCGCGGAGGGGAGGGGAGAGGAAGAAAGACGAGUGGUUGCCACGUGGCACGCCGGGUCCCGGUCCCGCGACGCGAAGCAGCGUACUGCGUGCGUGCGCUUCAUUUCGUUUCGUUGGGCCGGGCUUUCCAGAAGGCACGGGUCCAACCGAUUACGGGGCACGCGCGGCGGCGGCGGCGGAGUGACCGGCGCGACGCCGCAGGCCUGCAAUGUGGGCAUUCCUGAUCUCCCCGCCGCUCCGGGAUGCCCCCCCCCCUCCGUCGCCGGUGCCGUUGAGCGUGCUUGCCCCGCGGUGAGAUUGUUUGGUUCGGCCGCGGCUAGGGUUCGGGUAGGUGGCUGCUCGCCUUGCUUGCCUUCCAAAAAUUGUUUGGUUCCAUGAGUCGUGGCGUAUUGGGUGCUCCAGUGUAGGAAGCAGGGUUACACUCCCCCCGUAUCGUAUCCUUGGCCAUCUUGCUGGAUUUGUUUGGUACCUGAGGAUCUAGCUACAAGUGCCAUUUUAAAUUUGGGAAUUCUGACGUUUAGCUUCAUAAAUAGGUGUUUAAUUUUGGAGACCUGUAUAUGUUUUUUCUGCUUCGGACCCAAGUUGCCUAGUGCAUUGUAUAGUUUAGUGGGUUUCUUGUCAUUUUAAAUGAGCAAACUAAUCUUAAUUUUCUCUGUGGCAACGUGGAAGUGUGGAUAUUUUGUAUUCUGCAAGUGAAUAGGAGGUGCCUGUAGAAACUUGUAGACUGAUCUUGCAUGAUUUUCACAGCAUCAAGUCUUAACAUGGAGUAUGGCUUGUCCUGCUGUUAGUGAGAUGGGUACCAUCUAUUACAGAAUCAUACACUUGUAUACAUGGAGAAUUUGUUUUUUCUCGUUAAUGGAGCAACUCUCGAUAUUUAUGCGAUUCUUUUUAUAUCAGCAGUUUGAUAAAUCACUGGCUAGCAUAUGCACUGUACAGAAUUGGCUGUUAUGGACUUAUGGUGACAUAUUACAUAUAAACAUGACAUGCAUUGGGUGGAAAACAAAAUGUGCAGUGAGAUUUGUCUGAUUUUAUAUUUUGUGUUUUCUCACCUUUUCUGAAGAUUUUUAUGAGUAGCUUAGUCUGAUAAGCUUUAUCUGUUUCUGGGAUAUAACAUUGUUGAAGUAUUAGUGUGCAAUAGAGCCUGUACAAAUAGAGUUAACUUAUUCUCCUUGAGUUUUAUGGCUCAUGACUUCAUGCCCUCUGGUGUAAAUUGUUUGUGAUUUUGGAGCCAACUGCCAACAUAUAGGUUAUCCUCCUAUUCUGUCCAUGAUGAUGGCUACUUAGGAACAGUACAAGUAUAGUUCCUUAAGUACUUGCAACUGCCUUAUAUGCUAGUAAAGUAGUAAUAAUCAUUUUUCACUUCAAUAAGUAAACACUCAUUCUGGUAAGCUACUUAUGAUGAGUUAGGUGAUGGGAACAUGUGUGAACUCGAGCUGCAUCUUUGGUGUGACUGAUUUUUGUUCUUGUUUAGUGUCCUUUUUGGAUGCCUAUUAUAGUUUCAUUCUAUUGUCAUAUUUUCCUGCCAUUUUAUGUACACUGAAAGGAAAACUUUCACUUCAUCUGAUGAACCUGGUUUGGAUGGAAUUCUCUGUGUUCUUUUGAAGCACAAGUUUCUAUAUAUAUCUGUUCUAUCUUUUAUUUUCUUACAUUCUUCUUUUCCUGCAUCAUGUGUUUUAUGUAUGUUUUAUAUUUGAUUUUCUUGUUAUUUCCAUUCCUAGAUCAAAUGUUUUAAGACGAAAGUGAAACAAGUGUAACACAGACUGAAGUAAUAAUCGGAAGGUAUUUUUACCUGGGCUUAGCAUGAUUAUUCUUGAAUUGUUUUGUUUUCCUUGUCCCAUGAGCAUUAUUGCAGCAUAUUUAUCAAAAGAAUAAGAAGUCAAUCUGAGAAUUACAACCAUAUAAAUUUCUAGCCUGUUUUUUAGUCACAUACUGUGCUGAAAGAUGGCUUGACUGUUUACCAGAGGAAAGUUACACUUUAUGUUGAAAUAUUCUCCAACUGAUUUUUUUUUUUUAGUUUUUCAUAGGUUGUUUGGCUUGGCAUUUUUCUUUUGCUCUUUGGUGGAUCCCAAAUAAAUGGCUUUUUGUGAGCAAGCGUUUGGAAAACCAUAGCCCUGCUGGUGAGAUGUGAUUUUCAUGGUAAGAGCCAUGCGUUAUGAUAAUGGAUGCUUUUUUUUUACUAGCUAGUCAACUUGAGAUGAGCCUCAUGACAGAAUGAUUGGUAAAGAAGUGGUUGUUGUAUGUUGACAUCCGGUUCAAUCAGUAGCUCUAUUUUUUUGUUGAUUACUAGCUAUACACUUUUCUUGAAAAAAGAAAGUACUGUGCGUGCAUGCAGGUCAA